AGGAAGCGGCACUGAGUCGGGAUCCGGCGGACAUUGUGCAGUUUGCGGGGAAGUUUGUUGACAUCGGCACCGGAAGGAGAGGAAGGAGGAGGAGGAGGGUGUUCGCGCUGUGUUGCUCGUUAGGAUCAGCCCCUCCCGGAUGGCCUCUCAUCAUCCUCCCUCCGGCAGCUGGCCGAGCCUCUUCUGAUCGUCUCCGGAAGGGGGCACCAUGACAGGCUGAGCCGGAGCCGCCGGUCCCCUGAGGGACUGUCACGACCGAGAGUCCCCGGACUUUCUUUCCUGUUCUCCGCGAUAGUCCGAGGCCUGUCCGACAUGGCGUCACAGGCCUCCAGCGGCACCAAUCCGCGGAAGUUCAGCGAGAAGAUCGCUCUACAUAACCAGAAGCAGGCCGAGGAGACCCGAGCCUUCGACGAACUCAUGACCGACCUGACGAUGUCCCGGGUUCAGUUCCAGAAGUUGCAACAGUUGCGAAUGGCACAAUCCCGAGCUCAGUACUAUGGUGGCUCUUUGCCAAAUGUAAACCAGAUUAGCAGCUGCCCGUCUGAUUUCCAGGGUUCAUUUCACCACACGGAUAACAUCCGCGGUAUGAGGCACCAUGGGCUGGUGGAGAGGGUAUCGAGAAACCGCCUGCACCCGCCUCAUCACAGACCUGUGGAGAAGCAUGGACGUCAGUGUGACAGCUCUCCCUAUGCAUCUGUUUAUCUCUCCCCACCACCUGAUAAUAGCUGGAGAAGGCAGCAGGCUCCCUGGAGUGAAGAGAAACGGCCAGGAUUUAGACUAUUGUCUGCUCUGAACAGGACAAACUCAGACUCUGCACUUCACACCAGCGCUUCCAGUACCAAAACACAGGGCCCAUAUGUGGGGGGAAAUCAGCCUGUAGCACGUGUUCACAGACCUACGCAGCAUAAUACAAGUUUACAGGACGGGGAAAUGAACAGCUUCGGAGAAGCUUUCUCAUAUCCAAGUGCUUUGGCGGAAGAGAAUAUGCUUAACAUUUCAAAGCCACUUCCGAAACAGCUAUGGGAAGCCCGAGAGGUCCAGUCUAUGGCAUCUCGUCCCCGGUCAUGUGAAGUUCCUGGAAUCAAAGUUUAUCCAUCUUCUGAUCAGAACUUAGGCCUCUCACAUUUCCAGGGGAAUCUAAACACAGGUGGUUCACUGCCAGACCUUACAAACCUCCAUUUCCCCCCUCCAUUGCCCACUCCCCUGGACCCAGAUGACACGGCGUAUGCAGGCAUGGGCACAGAAAACAGCACGGGUGGGCUGCCUGCUGCUAUGACUCAUCUGGGCAUCAGUAACUCUCCGGGUUUGCAGAACACACGGAGCAAUCCACAGAUUCAAGCAACACUGAACAACACCUCUCUUGCUUCUUCUGUAAACAACCACGGUCCUCCAUCUGGCCGAUCGAAUGCAUCGCUUCACCAAUCUCUUCGACUGGCCUCCCUUAGCAACCCUUCUCUACCCACGGCUGCGCUUGGCAGUUCGCCAAGACGCAAGCACACUCCUGUCAGUCCUCUCACCUUGACACCAGGUGGCGACCAAAGCCGGUGCAUGAGCGGCCAGUUUUCACCCACCAGCCCCAUGAGCAUGGCAAGCUCUCAGGGAAUUGCUAUGGACAGGAGUCCUCUUUCUUUGCCUCCACUGGAACCUCCUCCACCUUAUCCUUUGUAUCAAGACCAGUCCCAGCAUUCACUACAACAAGUACACGAUCCUCACGAAUCACAAAAUUUACAGCCUCCCUCACCUGUGCCAUGCCCUCCUCUGGAUCUCAAUUUGGCUAACAACUCUUUGAGUGGGUUCUUUUCAGAUUCCUUCUUUGAUCAGCAACAACCCACAAGGCAGGGAAAGUACCUAUGGCACCAGCAAGAACAGUAUGACAUGUAUGAAAGUCCAAGCAGUUCUCUACCCAACACCAAUUUCUUUGAUCCCAAUAUGAAUCUCCAGUACUCCCAGGCAGCCAUGAUGGGAUUAGGGGGGAGUCAUGGAAACCUCCAGGACCCCUUCCAGCAGCGGACAAAUUACUUGUAUUCCACCUACGGGGGAAGUGUUCCAAACAUCAUCUUAACAGACGAUACAAGCAACAGUUUAUCGAAGGACAUUGGAAGUGCGGUUGCAGGAGUUUCCGAGCUGGGCUUCGACACAGAUAAUACAUUUCAGUUGGAUGAUGAGCUGAGACUUGGACCUCUAAGCUUGGAUGGUCUGAACAUGUUAAGUGACCCUGACAUGGUCCUGCCAGAUCCCUCGAUAGAGGACAGUUUCCGUUCAGACAGGCUGUGAUCCAGACUGCCCAUCGGGGUGCAGGCUGCUUUAUUCAUUUCGUAGACAAGCAGAAGGAACUUGUUGGGGAAGCAACUGAGAACAAAUUGUUUUGUUCAAGGCUCAUUUUCUCUCCUUUGGAUCAGAGCUGUUGUAAUCACUUAAUGGAUCUUUUGACAUUUGAAUGUCGGAUUAAGUAGAUGUACUAACUUUUUUUUUUUUAAGAAGGUUUGAACAGAAAUCUGAAGAGACACUGCUUUAAACCAAGCCAGUAAUUGAUACUUUGUAGAUAAGUACACUCAAUUCUCUGUGAAAUGACUUGGGUAGAAGAACUGCAUAUCUACAUUAUUAAUGGUGACGUGCCAUUGCCUUAUCUUUUUCUACCCCUUCUUUCAGCCCUUUUAAGACACAGUUUAUGGAAACUACCCAAGAAGCAACCAAUUUACAAACAUAUUUUUGUAUUGCAAAAAAAAA